GGAGCGCAGCGCGACCCAACGCAACUCGUAAACGCAUAUUCCAACCGGAGUGGCAGACAGCAAGCGAGGCUGGCUGGCUGUCUAACAAGUCUCUCUCUUCCGACUGUGCGAGUGUUGUGCAUACGCGAAAAAUAAUACCAGAAAGAAAAGUUCCCACCGGGCGAACUGCGGAAGUUGAAGGGUUGCCGUAUUACAUACGCGAACGAGGCUAAAGAAAAAGUGCACGAGGGGAACCACGAAAGCCCAAGUCCCAAAGUGCAAAACUGAUCGGUAGACCCAGUGGACGGGAACAAGUGAAGUGACCAAGUUUACCAUUUCGGACCCCUUCAGGAAUACCAUUUUUAAGCCCUGUGCUCUCUUUUGGUCCCGCAAUUCCCCCUAGGACUAGAAAUUCGUAACGAUAUUAAUAUAUGUUUACCGGCGACCGGCAACAUGGAACAGAUGAAUUGAAGAAAGGAAAUUCCUCUUUAGAGAAGAAUUUCACCGAGAGGAAAUUGUGUGAAGGAACUGGAGAACGCUAGUGGUACCAGUGGUCCCACGUUCUCCGGAUUUUCGCGGGAGUCAUAGUGACCUUGGGGCAUGUUUUCGUGAUAGAGGGUGUGUUUUUUGGGGGUAAGGUUGGUGCCAUCAUGAAGGGGAUGAAGGAGAUUAAGUGAUGUGGAGGGGUUUCUGAGGAUCUGCAAAUCAUGCUGAAGUUCUGGAAAUCUGAAAAAACUCGAGGAGUUGUCUACUCUUAGGGUUGAGGUUUCUACCGGCGGCGACGACAAUACGGGUUCGGAAAGUAUCCUUUGGCCAGCAAUAGCGGUGUGCACCUUCAUACAAGACGUUCCUUUACGAAAUACGCGUGGCAAGUUGGAUCGCGAGGGGUAGAGGAAGAAAGAGAAUAAGAAAGAGAAAAACGAGGGUGCGAGAGAGAUAGGAAGACGAAGACGAAGGAGAGAGAAAGAGAGAAAAGAGCCGCCGGCGACAGACUGCACUCACUACUCAGGGCGCAAGCGUGCACGUGUAUGCGUUUCUGUGCUCUAACCCUGUCCCACUACCAGUGGGAACAACCACCCCUACGUUAGCCCCACUAUCCUGCCGUCGUCGUCUUUUCCCUCCCGCAUGUUCCCCUCCCCUUCGUCGACGAAACGACGACAGCCCCUCCAACCACCCUAGGCACACGCUACGUCACGCGUGACGUCAUACACUCAUACACACCGCCAAACACGAAUAGUCACACAGACACGGGAUUUAGCUUCCUCCUCGCGCACGCAACGAAUCGUGGGAGAAAGAGAGGAAAACACGAAGAAAAGAGAGGAUAAAACGAAAGAGAGAGACGGGAGCACACAUCCACGCGGGAACACGAGGCAGGCGAGUAUACAACACCUGAAGCCGGCCGACACACACAUACAUCCUAAGAUGUGAUUUCAAAAAUGGCGGAUUGCCCCUAUGCCCGCUGCAUACAGGAACGCAGACACAUUCGACGGGAGCUACUGCGAUGGACAAAGAAUAUGGUCUUCGUAGUCGGUCUGGAGCGGGUAGCGGAGGAGUUGAUGGGCCGUAGGAGAUGGAAGCAAUACCAGGACACCCUGUACACCGGGACUCGCAGCGAAUCGUCGACGACGACGCAGCAGCAACAAGCCCUUCAUCAGAGGCUAUACCCAACGCCACCAGGCUGCAACCUCGAUGCAGCUGCUUUGAACCAGGUGGCUCACCUGCGUCCCCAGGUGCUACCAGUUCAGAUCAAACAGGAGCUGAUCAUUCCCAAAAACCUCUCAAAUCACCAUCCCACGCAGGAGGACCAACAGGACCAUCCCGAACAACGGCACCAGGAGGAGACAAAUUGUGUCAAGGUCGAAGUCGAGAAUUCGGAGGUCGUAGUCCAGGACUCCAGGACCGAAACGACCACCACUACGACAGUAACGACCAACAACACGAAUUCUACAGGAGUGAAGAGACGGAAUCGAGGAGACGACGAGAACGGGAACGAGGAGGAGGAGGAAGAGGACGAAACAGAAAAGAGGCUCAAGCCAAACCAUCAAAACGACAACUCCACCAAUCACCUCAACGAGAACGAUCGAACCUCCAAAGAAGAGGAUCCGACCAAACCCAACGACACGGAAGGGACCAAGGAACGUAUAGAGGGAGUCGCGUUGGAACGAAUACAGGUGACACAGGGUUUGUUGAGGGUAAAAAAGGAGGAGGAGCUUCAGGAGGCGCCAGUUCCUGGCAGUGGAUUGAAUUCGACCUCUGCGGCGACAACCAACUCACUAUCGGCAACCAAGGAGUCGGAAGUGAUUCCAGAAAACGUGUUCCUUGGAAAUCGGAUAGUGAGUCCUCCACCGGAAGAUUGGAAGCCGUUGGACAAGUGUUACUUCUGUCUCGAUGGCAAGCUGCCACACGACGACCAGCCGCCCCUUAGUCCUCAGAGUGAGAGCAGCAGCAGUUCUCGAUCAGCGGAGUCUCCGAUGUCAGUUCAGGUCGACCCCAUGGCGGCAUCCGUGGUGGCAGCCGCUCUUGGCACGUACCCAACAUUACUGCCACAAUGGUGUCUACCACCGAGGGAGGCACCCCACGUCAACGUGCAAGCUCACCAAGAUAAUGCAUCGGGAGCCGAUCAACCCCUCGAUCUCUCGGCCAAGCCCAAAAAUUCUCAGAAGAAUCAUCGUCGUUUUCAGGACAACAACAUAUCCUUGUUGGAACAACAAAAAAUACCUCUGCGAAUGCCGGCAGGACUAGACCCUAAGACGAUAUUCAAUUCCUGUUAUCGGGCCAAACCAAGGUUGACUGGUCCAGCUGGUGUUGGUGGUGUUUCAGUGGUGGGUGCUGGCGGUGGUAGGAGAACUUAUACCGAGGAGGAGCUGCAGGCAGCCCUGAGGGACAUUCAGAGCGGAAAACUAGGGACCCGGAGGGCAGCAGUGAUCUAUGGAAUUCCCAGAAGUACCCUUCGCAACAAGGUCUACAAGCUCGCAAUGGAACGCGAAAGAGACGCGUCCCUGACAAACACCAUUUCACACCCUCACGAUUCUGGCGUUCCAGCCGCCACGAUUACGACUACCACCUCUACCACCACCACCACAUCAACAACUACAACACCAAAUACGCCCCAAAAUGCAUCUGCAAUCACCCUGCCCUCGCAAGUGGAUGAGGCGGACGAAAAGGAACUAUCAGGUGCUGAGGAAGAAAAGGAGGUGGAGAAGGCGUUGCUGAAACCCUUGCUAUCUCUUGAGGACCUAGUCAGGUUUUCUGCUCUUGAAGGGAGUGGCGGAGAUUCGUUAAGGACUCUUUUGCAACGUGGGCAGGAGACAGGAACCGAGUGGCCUGGUUUUGAACACGCGAACAUUGGUCCCUACAUCCAGAAGAUGUUGGCUGCUGCAACACCCUUCAAAGGUCUCGCAGAGUCGCAAGACUACCGAAUUCCCGAGGUGAUGAGGAGGUUGAUGAGCGAGGACAAGAGGCUGAGUAAAGACGUGAACGGUGAUCAAUCCGGCCACAAUCAACAGCACGCUCAACAGCAAAAUCAUUCUCAGCAACAGCAACGUGGCUCGAUGACGAAUGACGACUUCAAUGCGAGCAUCGAGGAGGAGGAGGAGGGUGACAGUGGUCAGGGCAGAGCCAUACUAAAAAUUCCGUCCUACAAACCGGCGAAUGCGCCGGGUUCCAGCAAGAAUGGUGAGCCAAACUCAGCUUCCUUCGCACAGGGCUUCGCUCAAGGAAGCGGUGCUGUGGCCGGAAGUCCUGGUUUAAUGGAGCGCUCGAGUCCCGCAUUUUCUGGCACUAGUAGUCCCACGAAUUCUUUGGUAGGCAAAGGUGUGGGUGUCAACUUCCGCGACGUCAUCGCGAAGAGCAUAAGUGUCAAAUUCCAAGAGGGUCAGUCUCCAGGAGGAAUGCAAAGUCAGGGUGGACUCUCCCAGUCGCCUCAGUCGAUGAUGGGCGAGUCGAAUCCCUUCAAAAGAGGUCGUUACACACCGCCUCAAACGGCUCAGCAGCAACAGCAGAAGCAACAACAGUCUCAGUCUCAAGACAAGCAAGGCAAGCCGGGAACUGGAGGCAAGGGCACAAGACCUAAACGUGGAAAGUAUCGAAAUUACGAUCGAGAUAGUCUUGUUGAGGCUGUGCGAGCUGUGCAGAGAGGAGAGAUGAGUGUUCAUCGAGCUGGAAGCUACUACGGGGUUCCACAUUCUACUCUGGAGUACAAAGUCAAGGAGAGGCAUCUAAUGAGGCCGCGAAAAAGAGAUCAAAAGCCACCAGACGACAAGGUCAAGGAGACCGUGGCUGCGCCAGGGGCCAUGCGACCCGGAGCACCCGACAAGAAGCCUCAGCUGAAACCUCAGAAACCCUUCACACCUCCUGGAGGAAUGCCAGGUCCGAACGGUAUGAAGAUGCCACCCUUCAUGGAAGGCAUGCCUCCGCUUCCGUUCGCUCAUCCCUUCAACUUCUGGGGUCCAGCGCCUUUUAUGCCCUCGCCCUUCAUGGGGGGAGCUCCCAACGUCCCGGGAAUGCUGCCCGAGCAGUAUUUCGCCACUCAGAGGAUGAGAGGACUGCAGGAACAGCAGAGGAACGCAAUAGUCCAGCAGCAUCAACAGAGGGAUAGAGAUGGCAAUACUGGAUCAGCUGAACCAGGAACGUCUAACUCCCGUGGUUCAAUCGUGAAAUCUACGAGGGAGAUGGCUGAGAGUCUCUACGAUGGGACCGGGGCGAACGGUAGUUUUCUGGACAAUCUGAUCAGAUCGAGUCUGGAGACAGGUAUAACGAGGGACCAAAGGGCGAUUGCGGAAGCUAGGAGUCAGCAGCAGCAACAGCAGCAGCAACAAGCGGCUCCGCAGCAUCACCCGGAGGCUCUAAGUAGCAAGGCGCUAAUUGACCAGCUCUGCAGGAACUCAAGGCGAACGCCACUUCCAAGGAUGACCCAGGACAGUAGCGAGGAUGAGAGCUACAGAAGCUCGAGCGGCAGGUCGAUACCGGAAAGACCUGAACGAGUACCCACCGUCGACUUAAGUCCUUCGCCUUCCGAAAAAGGUCGCACCGAUGAUGGCAGCGAUCGACUAACCUCGCCGCCCACGCCUCUACCAGUUUCCAGGGCGAGUAGCAGGGAGGAGGAUCGCGACCCCAGGAUUGAUUGCAGCAGUAGGGAGCGGGAAGUCCUCAACGGGGGCAGCGAAGACCGGGAGAGAAAGACUCUGAAUCUGCAGCAGUCGCUGAAUCACUACCCGGACUUACACAAUCUCUAUGCCGUAUCAACUGACAAAAAAAGUGCCUGUGAUAGUAAGCUUAUAGUAGAUCAUUCGAGCCAGAAGACUCAGCAACAACAGCAGGAGUAUGCGGCCGUAAGUGGGCUGGUGGUGCAACUGCAGAGGGGAUACAACUCCGGUACCAACAGGUCCGGCGAUCCACCUUCCAACAACCAGCCACAGGAGCAGCGCGGCUCAGCGGUGCUCAUGGAAGACUCCGUAGAGCAGUAGACGAAAAGAAAAUAUUUUGUGGAUCAUCCCCAAGAUCCGACAUCGGUUGAAGAAGGUCUAAGCAGUUCCAAAUUGUGCCUAAGUUUUGAGGUUACGUUUUUUACGACUCAACAAAACGAAAACGAUAGAAGCAAAGUUUAGUUCCAAGCAAAACGAAUAUGGGGAAUUUUAGCUAAAAUGAGGCUAGAAGUAGCGAAUGAAUGAACGAUGUAUAAAAAAAAGUAUAAACUUUUUGCGUUCCAGGGCCGCCCGGCCGCCAUCUUGCGUUCACUUUUAGGUUCUGUUUUGUCGAAUAAGUGCAAUUAGGUAAAUCGAAACACAACCACACUGGCACGUUAUUAGUGAAUUGGGUGAAAAAGAGGGAAACGAACUGUUACGCGCUAGGUUAGUUUUUUAAAUUCUAUUUUCAAUUUACGUACAUUCUCGAAUGUUGGGAUUUUCGUGAUCAACGAAGAGCUGGCCUGUCGUUCAUAUUAUAUUCAUGUACACAACCACCGAUACGUUAAAAAAACUCCCAAAAUUCCUCGAUGAAUUUUUCGCUCUUUUCAUGACUCUUAAUAUUUAAAAAAAAAGUGUUCGUCCUCUUUUGACGAGUCCGACUGAUGGUGCAUUGUUGUUAAAUAGUAUACGAGUAUUAGGAAGGGUUUAAGGAUAUCAAUUCAAUAAAUUUAUAGGGAAUUUGAUUAGCAUUCCAAUAAAAUAUUUGGAAUUUUUCGAGGAAAGAUAAGAUAUUUUUCUUGAAGUGGAUUGUCCUUAAAAUUUGUUGUUAGUAGUUAAAUCCCACGAGGAUUAAAGCAUGUUAUCAGUUUAUUGAAAUCUUGUUCCAAGUAGUAUACGAAUACGCACUAAAGAAUUUUGCGUCGUUAAAUUAAAUUUUUAUGUUUAUCACAUAAAUUUUUUAUAAAUGCUGGUUUUUAAAAAAUCAGUAUAUUAUUUCUAAAAGAUAUUUAUAAGAAUCUGUAGCUAGACUAAUUUUUUUAAAUUGUAAAAAGUUGUUUUGUAAAGAUUUGAGAGUCGGGGAAAGAGCGAAAAUCCAGUGGAUGAUCGAUUUGCCUUGUCCGAGGAUUCUUCGAUUGUCGAAAUCUUGGUACCUUCCAAUUGGCUUUAAUUCGUACGCUAAGUUUUAAUUAUACGAUGACUAAAAGUCUGUCUCGCAUUUAAAUGUAUACGCUAUUCGACUUUUCGAAGGACUCAAGGAAAAUACAAAUUGUUUUUCUCCUGGAAACUUCGUCGAAUUUUGAUAAAAAUUUCAGAAAGUUCUGAACGCGAGAAUGACAACAUAGGGAAACCAGCGUGAAGCUGAUUUCUUAUCAGGUUAUCAAGCAGACCUAAUUAUUCAAUUAGAUUUUGUAUUGAGAUUAGUGAUUGAUUGUAAUCUGUUAUCGAAAUUUUAGUCAUAAACAACACAAGAGUGUAAAUAUUCUUGCGGUUGUUAAUAAAAAAUAACUUUGAAGUUGAUUUACAUUUGUAAUUUAAAAAAAAAACUAUUUAAACCUGAUGAUAAAUCAUCUGCGUUGGAUCAGCCUAGUACGGUCUAGUUUUAGGUCAAAUGGCGCUGGUACUACUUAGUUAGUACUUUAGAAUGGCGCUUUAGUUGUUUGUAUAUCGUGUUUUUCUAUACUGUCACUCUGACUGCCUUACCUCUUCGGUCUUGCAAAAUCUCAAAAUUGACAGGAAGUGUUUCAAAAUUUUGAUGAUCGGUAUUCAAGAAGUUUAGACAUCGGCUUUCUGCUACACCAUUUGAUUUUAUCAUUUCCUUUUUUCACAAAAAUAAAUUCUUUUAGUCUAUUUCUAAUUGAGCAGCCGGAUCAAAGAACCAGUUACAUCUGGUUCUUUGAUCUGGGGUCUCGAUUGCGGAAACAUUAUGUAAAAAUCUUUCUUAAUAUGGUUUCGUUCUGCUUCACCUGUUUUGGGAUUUGGUGCCCAACCGAAAAGGCGAGGCCCUUGCACUACAAAGAUAAAUAAUAUGUAACUAUUCGAGAGACGGAAAACUAUAAUGAUAACUACAAAGAAUCUGGAACCAGCCCUGCCAGCCCUCCAAUCACCAUGUUAAUCCCCCCUCCCUCUCCGCCAUUCAAUAUUUACAGUAAGCUCACACAAUUCACACAAUUACACACAGUCUGCUCUCAAAAGCAUAACAAAAUCAUCAACAUCCAGAACCAGUCAUCUCCUCUCAGUCAAAUCGGAGAUCCAGCCUCGAAAGCUAAAAAAAUUCAACCACCUCAAGAAUAAUAAACAAUAGAGAAAAAAAACAUCUUGGGCGCAAAGUUUCGACAUGAAAGACGACCAAUGAACGAGCAUAUCACAAAGAACCAAUAGCGUGUAGAGAUGAGUCAUCAUAAAAAAAUAGGUAAUUUUCAAUCGCAUUGCGCUCCGAAUUUUUUCAACUUUCGAAGGCUGCAUUCUCCAGAUGUGUCACGGAUUGCAUACUCAUCCGCGCACUUCAAAAACCGGCAACAACACAUGAACCAAUAGACAUCAAAUAGACCCACGAUUGACCCCGAUUGCGAUUUCUCGCUCGUGGCUCGUCGUUGAUAUAACAAAACAAUACUUUGCAUCAUAUCCAACAGUGAUUUAAGCGAAACAAAACUUAAAUAGAAUCGGAUCGUCCAAAUCUCACGCGGCGUGCUUAGCGCCUCAAAUUGCCGAUCAGCGCCAUCUGCCAGGGACGCUGAGAAUCAUUUUUUACCCGUGCAGAUGGCGUUUCGGUAAAGGCGCUCUCUAAGGGCGUCGCAAUCGAGAUCGGACGAAAGUCCCCUCAAAUCAAAACCUGCAGUUAGCACAGAGAUAAACAAUAAGUGCAGAGGAAACAAACUACUAUAAUAAACAAAAAAGGUAUAUAUAUAAAUAUAUUAUAUAUUAUUAUUAUUAUUAACAUACAUAAAGUAUAUUAUUAAUAACGCAAAAAGUACUAUAUAUUAUUAUGAUUAUUAUGAUUAUAAUUAUAUUAUUAAAUCUAAAGAAACAAAGUAACAUUCCAACCGUCAAUGUGCCACACGAUUUUUUAUAUUCUCUUAAAACAAACAAAUUUCGUAAUCGUCGUUUAAACUUAAAAAACUGAAGUGAGGAAAGAACGGAAUCAUUUAUCAUAAAAAGACUAUUAGGAGGGGGUAAAUGGGGGUGGAUAUUUGUGAAUAUUUGCAUUUUUUUCAAAUCGCGACUAGGAUGCGUGUCUUUUCUGUAUAUUAGGCUGCCGAACGUUCUUCUUUCACACUCACGUAAUUUGUCUUUCCCGACGAAAAUCCCGAAUUUCCCGCUCACACACUUGCAACAAUUUCGGCCAUGAUCCGAGAUCUCGGUUCUCAGAUAGAAAAGGAAAAUAGGAUACAGUUAGGCGUCCGUCGACGCGUUAUCAAGCGAGUGAACAGUUUUUCGAUUCUCUAAAUCAUUUUAGGGCGCGGAUUUGCUGACGAAGCUAUGUCGGUACGCGGUGAGCACCACUGCCGCGCACAUGCAUUUCACUUAUUUCUCUGUCAUUGGGGGAAGGCCCCGCAUGGCCCGGAUAGUGAAUCUCAUUCAGGAUUAAAGGCGCUUGGUGACAAAUCCGCACUCCGCUUCGAGUGCAAUUUUCCGCAUUUAAAUAAUAUUCCGUAUUUAAAGAAUAUUCUCUAUUUAAAUAAUAUUCCAUAAUUAAUCAAUAUUCCGUAUGCAUUUUUUAACUAUAAGUGUAAAGAACAAUCGCUACCCAUUUCCAGAGAUUCGAGAAACUGUUCGUUCGGCCCCGGACUCUCGUCAAAAAAUAAAUCAAGGAUUAGUUCUCAUUUAUGAGUUCUCUCCCGAUAGGCGAAAAAAGGGAAACAAAAUGACGAAUCAACAAAUAAAAAAA